AUGGCUGCAACACUGGAACCGUCAAAUAGCAUUGUUCUCUCUCCGACAAGCCUUUGCCAUGUCGUACUCCGCACAGUCCCCGACAAGUUUCCUGCCAUGGUUCACUUCUGGGCGUGCGCUCUUGGGGCGAGAAUAACCUGGAAGAACGACUUCCUGUGCUUUCUUACCUACGAUGACGAGCAUCACCGCAUAGCAAUUCUCGGCCGUACAGGCACAGCACCACACCCCCCGGGCGAAGUGUCGAACCGCUCCGGUUUGGCUCAUAUCGCAUUUGGAUACGAUUCCUUGAGCGAUCUCCUCGUCGCCUACGGGCAGAGAAAAACGGCGGGAAUCCUGCCGGUGUGGAGUGUCAAUCACGGCCCGACCACGAGCAUAUACUACCAAGACCCCGACGGGAAUGAGCUCGAAACACAAGUCGACAAUUUUGAAACGCCAAGUGAGGCCACCGACUUUAUGAACUCACCGCAGUGGGCCGAGAAUCCGAUAGGCGCAGACAUCGACCCUGAUGAUAUCUGGGACAGGCUGCGCAGCGGUGAGUCUGAGGCGUCGCUCAAGAUGAGGCAGCCUGUUGGACGGAGGACCAAGCGCUGA